UCGACUUCAGACAGAGCCUACGACGGCGGAUGACUAUGAAUUUGGCCAAACUUCGUUGAUAAUCACACGUAUACCAACGCGUAGGAGGCCAUAUUACAUAUUUUUUUAUUCAAAAUCCUUAGUCCAAAAUGACCCAUGUUUUCACCUACGGCUUUAAUUUAGGCGAGGAUGGAGAAUGCAUUUAGAAUGGACUAGAGCGAACUAGGUUUCGCGGCGGAGUGUUAGUGAUGUGAAUAGUGUGCGGUAGUCGCUGAGACAGAGCUGGUCUGGCUGCACUAACACUGCUAGCUACACAUCAACUUUGGCUGUGCAGCCUAUGUGUGCAUUUAACUAAGUCGUUGUUCAAGCGACCACUUCAUUUUGUCCUUUGGAUAGUUUUACAACAUAUUUACAUCUGUAUCUUGCGAAACCAAGGACCACAGUACUGGAAGGACUUUACUGACCUCAAGAUGUCAAUUUUGCCUUUUACUCCCCCCAUUGUGAAAAGGCUUUUGGGUUGGAAAAAAGGCGAACAGAACGGACAGGAGGAGAAAUGGUGUGAAAAAGCUGUGAAAAGCCUGGUGAAGAAGUUGAAGAAAACAGGGCAACUGGAUGAAUUGGAAAAAGCCAUCACGACACAGAAUAUCAACACGAAAUGUAUUACCAUACCAAGGUCUCUGGAUGGACGGUUACAGGUGUCCCACAGGAAGGGCCUCCCCCACGUCAUCUACUGCCGUCUGUGGCGCUGGCCCGACCUGCAGUCCCACCACGAGCUGCGGGCCGUGGAGCUCUGUGAGUACGCCUUCCACACCAAGAAGGAUGAGGUGUGUGUCAACCCCUACCACUACCAGAGGGUGGAGACGCCAGUGCUGCCUCCUGUGCUGGUUCCCAGACACACAGACAUCCCCAGUGAGUUUCCUCCUCUGGACGACUACAGCCACUCCAUCCCAGAGAACACCAACUUCCCCGCCGGCAUCGAGCCACAGAGCAACUACAUACCAGAGACUCCUCCACCUGGCUAUCUCAGUGAAGAUGGAGAGACCAGUGAUCACCUGAUGAACCACAGCAUGGACACCAGUUCACCCAACCUGUCACCAAACCCAGUGUCUCCAACACACAGCAAUUUAGACCUACAGCCUGUGAUGUACUGUGAACCAGCCUUCUGGUGUUCUAUCUCCUACUACGAGCUGAACCAGCGGGUGGGUGAGACCUUCCACGCCUCCCAGCCGUCCCUCACCGUGGACGGCUUCACCGACCCCUCCAACUCAGAGCGCUUCUGCCUGGGCCUCCUCUCCAACGUCAACCGGAACGCCGCUGUGGAGCUGACACGCAGACACAUCGGCAGAGGGGUGCGUUUGUACUAUAUUGGAGGAGAGGUGUUUGCAGAGUGCCUCAGCGACAGUGCCAUCUUCGUCCAGAGUCCCAACUGUAACCAGCGUUAUGGCUGGCACCCCGCCACUGUCUGCAAGAUCCCCCCAGGCUGCAACCUGAAGAUCUUCAACAACCAGGAGUUUGCUGCCCUGCUGGCCCAGUCGGUGAACCAGGGCUUCGAGGCCGUCUACCAGCUCACCAGGAUGUGCACCAUCCGCAUGAGCUUCGUCAAGGGCUGGGGAGCAGAGUACAGGCGACAGACCGUGACCAGCACCCCUUGUUGGAUCGAGCUUCACCUCAACGGCCCCCUGCAGUGGCUGGACAAGGUGCUCAUGCAAAUGGGUUCUCCUAGCAUCCGCUGCUCCAGCGUGUCGUAGGAAUACUCUUCCCGCCCUCUCUGUCACAGCACCAGUGAAUAAAACAGACACCAUAGACACAUCAACUAAAGGAUCAGAAAGGGUUCGGCAGGCAUUGAGAGAAGGCUUUGAGUUUUUGGAAGAAGAGCCUGUAGGCUGAGAAAGCCCAACCCUCGUCUACGACAUACUCUCCCCAACCCUCGCCUGCGACAUACUCUCCCCAACCCUCGUCUACGACAUACUCUCCCCAACCCUCGCCUGCGACAUACUCUCCCCAACCCUCGCCUGCGACAUACUCUCCCCAACCCUCGUCUACGACAUACUCUCCCCAACCCUCGUCUGCGACAUACUCUCCCCAACCCUCGUCUACGACAUACUCUCCCCAACCCUCGCCUGCGACAUACUCUCCCCAACCCUCGCCUGCGACAUACUCUCCCCAACCCUCGCCUGCGACAUACUCUCCCCAACCCUCGCCUGCGACAUACUCUCCCCAACCCUCGCCUGCGACAUACUCUCCCCACCAACUGACAGCACUUUUUUGACGUUUUUUUUUUUACAUGUUUGUGGCAAAAGGGGGCGUGUGCAUUAAAACAGGAUUUUUUUUUUUUAUUGAACAUGUUUAAUAUGUCUGCAUCUAGUGCCAACACCGCUGUAGUAUGGGAGAUUUUAAGGCAUGAGAUUCCUCCAUUUUCUUUUCUGUUUUUGUUAUCAUUGUGUAGUUAGUUGUACAUAUGUUUAUGUAGCGGCGCAAGAUAAUUACUAGAUUGGGUAUUUUCGGAAUGGUGAGUGAUACUGCUUUUUAUAUAGCAUGCUAGAAUAACAUGAAGUUUUACACAUUUCAGUGGAGUUUGUUUCUAUGGUUAGGUGUUUUUUUUCGUUGUCUUUUUGUUGCAAAUUUGUAGAAUGCCGCCCAUUUGUUAGCUGAUCGAAAAUAUAUGAAUUUGUCGUAAUGAAAUAUGUUCCUCCCUUGCCACUUCUGAGUAGUGUGUAAAGGGAAAUCUAGUAAGAAGCUUUUAGGCGACGUCGAUGUCUGUCCAUUCCCCUGGGCGGGUUUCCCAUGUUCUCCAGUUUGUCCCAGAACAGUGCAGAUCAUGUUUGUAAUCAGUCUUUUUUGAAGCGCGCCAAAACUCUUUCCCGCACAAUCAGAGACCAUUGGCUUGUGGAUUUGAACUGUCACCCAGAUAUCCUCUGACUGUCUGAGGAGUUUGACAUAGCAGUGUAUUUCUCAAUACAUCUGAAAGUGGUUUGAUUAUCCAAAGCAUUUGACAAAAUUAGAACUUUACAAAAAUAGUUUUUGUAUUUUAUCCCCUUUUUCUCGGCAAUGAUUGUGAUAUCCAAUUGCGAUCCUAUUACGAUCUUGUGUCAAGGCUGCAACUCCCCAACGGGCUCGGGAGAGGCGUAGUUCGAGCCGUACAUCCUCCGAAACAUGACACGCCAAGCCGCACUUCUUAACACCCACCCACUUAACCCAGAAGCCAACUGCACCAAUGUGUCAAAGAAAAUAUUGUUCAACCAGCGACCGAAGUCAGCCUGCAGGCGCCCGGCCCACCACUAGGAGUUGCUAGAGCGCGAUGAGGCAAAUAAAGCCCCACCGGCCAAACACUCCCCUAACCUAGACAAUGCUGGGCCAAUUGUGUACUGCCCUAUGAGACUCCCGGUCACAGUCGUUUGUGACACUGCCUGGGAUCGAACCCAGGUCUGCAGUGACGUCUCAAGCUUUAAACCGCUGAGCGACUCGGGAGGCCUUGUCACAAACUUUUGUCCUGGCAAUGGUCGUGUUGAGCGACGUUGCCCCUGCAUUUUACAAGAAAUCUCAAAUUUUGGGAUCCAGUCAUUUAUAUAGGCAAACAUAUUUCAAGGGGCAAUUCUUAGUGUCCAUUUUGGAAAAGUGACUAUUGACUGCUUAUGGGCAUUGCAGAGUGUUGCCAGUCAGCUGUUGUUCUCAGAACCUAGGAUUAAGCUAAGUAUCCUGGACUGUAGAUACAGGAGUGUUCCUUCCUCAUCUCUAUUUUACUACAGAAGUGUAAUGUUCUGUAUUUUGUAAUGAAACGCCAUGCGAGACUGUAUGGUGCUGAUGUGAAAACCCUGACAGGUGCAUUAUCACUUGUUAAAAGCUACCUAGUCUGAUCUCGCUCUCUCUCUCUCACACACACACACACCAGUUGCCAUGCUCCCGUCCUUGGCUGAUACCCGUCUCAAUCUGCACAUUUUCUAGGACUCCAUGGUUUCCCCUGGAAGUGAUAACUGUGGGUAAGAGUUGAACCUGAACUAUGGUCUGUAGUAUUACGGUUGUUUCAUCACCGUUUCUUUGAUGUAGUACUCACUCAGAUCCAGCAGGGGGUGCUACUCUCGCCCCCAAAAAACACGUGUAUAUACAUCUAGAAAAAGUCAAAUGCAUGCUUAUUUUCACACUCGUCCCCUUUCUUUUGUAAUGUAGAUUCUAUUUUGCUACCAAGUAUUUUUGUAGAAAGGGGAUGGUAUAGCAUUAUAUGCUCUGCUCCUGAUGUCGUCACGGCGAUGGAGACAUACUGCUGUCAGGUGGAGAGGAUACUGUUUUGGGGAAAGCAGAUUUUGUUUUGUUUAUUUAAAUUUUUUUUAAGGGAAAUGUUUGCCAGGGUCGGGCUAUGUACAUAGUAGGACCAAGUCCCCUUUCUGUCAGUCAGUACUUUCUUGAAUACUCUACUCCUCUUAUGAAAUGCAGGAUUUUAAGCCUUCUUACUGUGUGCGUGGAAGUGUAUGAGUGUUUGUGUCUAUGAAUAUGAUCAUUGUGGUCCUGAUGGUUUUGGGCUAGAGGAGGACAGAAGGGAAGUAGGGGGGAGAUCAGAUCUCCCUGUAAUGACCGACAGCAUCGCUUAUUAUUAAAAUCCCCUCACUGAAGACUGCACUGUCCGGAAUGGCACCCUGUUCCCUACAUAGUACACUACUACCCAUAGGGCGCUGGUCAAAAGUAGUACACUACUACCCAUAGGGCGCUGGUCAAAAGUAGUGCACUACUACCCAUAGGGCGCUGGUCAAAAGUAGUGCACUACUACCCAUAGGGCGCUGGUCAAAAGUAGUGCACUACUACCCAUAGGGCGCUGGUCAAAAGUAGUGCACUAAGUGCCAUUCCAGAUGCAGCCCAUUUGUCUUUAUUAGGAGUGGUCUGGGUUUUGGGUGUUUCCAUUUCCAUCUUACUGUAUGGAGGUGCUUGGUAGAGGUGGAGGGAAUUGAACCAUGGUCUCCUACAGCACUUAGUUAAGUGCAUUGACCAAGCGCAAGCGUCUGUCUUGACGCUAACCCAACGGUGAUAACUGCUAGCCGUUAUCGUUACAGUGAUGCUAACCCAACAGUGCUAGCUGUUAACAUUAGUGAUGCUAACCCAACAGUGCUAACUGCUAGCAGUUAACAUUACAGUGAUGCUAACCCAACGGUGCUAACUGCUAGCCGUUAUCAUUAUAGUGAUGCUAACCCAACGGUGCUAGCUGUUAACAUUAGUGAUGCUAACCCAACGGCGCUAACUGCUAGCAGUUAACAUUACAUUGAUGCUAAGCCAACGGUGCUAGCCGUUAACAUUAGUGAUGCUAACCCAACGGUGCUAUCCGUUAACAUUACAGCAACACAGAGCAGUGUGUAUGAGGGUGUACUGUAUCACUGUUUUUCACUGCUCUCCAUGUACAUUGUCCUACAAGGACAUUUCAGAAAAAGUAGUAUCUACCGAUCUGGAGAAAGAUUUGCUCUUUGUAAAGCUGUCCCCAAGUGUCCAGGUGAAUUGAACCUAAACUCACCGUCCUAUAGGACCAUUGAAAAUCCAAUGGUACAUGCAUUUACCUGAUAGAAUAUAUUUUAUUAGCAAAGAAAUGUUUUUAAUCUGCUCUUCAAGUUGUAUUGCUUGUUCUUGUUUCCACCCGUACUAUUCUGUGUAUUAGUUGUUUGUCCUUUUUAUGCUCCGAAAUCUUUUAAUGUCAUUUUGUAUAAAUAUAUAUCCUUAUUUUCUUUGCAUAGGAAAUGUUGUCAAAAUGAUGCAUCAUACUUGUAUCUGUUAUUGUUGGUCUUUUAAUAAAAAAUACAUAUCUCAAACGA